UGCCCUUCUCUUCUACUCACAAUAAAUCAUCGUCACCACCCUUCUUCUUCCUCUUGCUAGUUAGUUACACAAUACACACACACACACACACACACACACAUAUACCUCUCUCUCUCUCUCUCUCUCUCUCUCUUGAUGUGAUCAUGGAGCUUGAAUUUGAAAAGGGUUUGUUAGAAUAUGUGAGAAAAUCUUCACCACCACCUUUCUUGUUGAAAACCUAUAUGCUAGUGGAGGAUCGUGAGACCGAUGAAAUCGUGUCGUGGAACGACGACGGGAGUGGUUUUGUGGUGUGGCAACCGGCGGAAUUCGCCAGAGAUUUGCUUCCAAAACUCUUCAAGCACAGCAACUUCUCUAGCUUUGUCAGGCAACUCAAUACUUAUGGGUUUCGAAAAGUAGCAACUACGAGGUGGGAAUUUUGCAACAAAAUGUUUCGCAAGGGUAAACAAGAUCUCCUCUGCGAAAUUCGUCGUAGAAAAGCAUUGACCAACAAGACACAAACUGCUGCACAAAACCAAUCCACACCAAAAGAAUCGGACGAAGAUCAAAGGUCAUCUUCAACUUCAUCAUCUUUUGGUUACACAACCCUUGUCGAUGAGAAUAAACGACUCAAGAGAGAGAAUGGGGUCCUAAGCACAGAGCUUUCAAGCAUGAAAAAGAAGUGCAAGGAGCUCCUUGAUUUGGUGGCCAUGUAUACGAAUUCGGAGAAAGAGGAGGAGGAGGAUGAGAGGCCAUUAAAGCUGUUCGGUGUGAGGUUGGAGGUUCAAGGAGAGAGGGAGAGAAAGAGAAAGAGAAAGAUUAAUGAAAGUGCAAGGGUUCUACUAUCACAGUCUUGCAAAUGAAUAAGUAUGCCACUUAAAAUCAAUGAGCCUUUGGUCCAAUGGUAUUCUCUGUCUUGUAAAUGCUUUACCUUCUUGAAGUAAAGGGUUCAAGUUCUCCUCCCCAAAAAAUAAAAAAUAAGUAUGCCACUUAAAACUAAGUGGCUCAUACAUAUAUAGAUAAAGAUAUGAAUGUAUUACUAAAGUGUGAAGUUUUAUUCUUCUUAGGAAAAGAUGGUGAAGGAGAAAGUAAAAUGAACUGUGAAGAUAGUUCAUGCAUAAAUUGUACAUUAUCAUGUACUUUAUAGUAGUGAUUAUGAAAAGAUAAGU